CUUUAGUCUUUAAAAAAACCUUAAUUGACUGAAAAAUUAAAUUGGCAACUCUGUUGGUAUUCCCAUAUACAACUGUAAGACAUUUUAUUCUCAAGUGCAUAUGUAUGUAUGUAUGUAUAUACGCACGCUUUUUUGUAUAUGAAGGAACUUUAAUUCAGCAUACACAUAUGCACUGGGGAAUUCGAAUAUAUGCAUGUAUAGAUGUAUACAUAUUUAUAGGUGUACUUGCUCGCUCCCAGACUUUAGUAUUAAAAUAAAACGUAAAAGAAGAAACAGCUUUGAGAAGUAACCGAUCUUGAAGACAACCGGAUGGAAUGAAUUUGGUCUAUCUCUUGCGAAUAAAAAAGAAAUAAUUGAGAUAAAAACUGUGUUACUGAAAAUAAGUUCCGUUGAAGUUAAAAAAAUGUUCUUCAUGAUUUUACACUCAUUCGUCGGAGUUGCACUUACAGUGAUAAUCGUUUCAUACGCUUUUAUUCUGUUCGGAUGUAAGCGAAAGGCAACAAUCAAAUUUGGCAUUUCGAAUUCCGAGCAAAUUUAUCAUAGAUUACAUCAAGCACCCGGGCCGCAUCCUUGGCCAAUAAUUGGAAACUUAGACAUAGUCGGCCGCUUCAAAAAUCCGUUCGAGGGUUUUGGAGCAGUAGGAAAACAGUACGGCGAUAUUUACACGUUAACACUUGGGCAAACACGUUGCCUUAUAGUUAACAAUUUGGAGAUAAUUAGAGAAGUACUCAAUAAAAAUGGCAAAUUUUUUGGAGGACGUCCAGAUUUUCUGCGCUAUCAUAAACUCUUUGGUGGUGACAGAAACAACUCUCUUGCUCUCUGUGAUUGGUCAAUGUUACAGCAAAAACGACGAAAUCUAGCGAGACGUCACUGCUCCCCUCGAGAAUCAUCUUCAUAUUUUACAAAAAUGUCACGAAUUGGUGGUGAAGAAAUUAAGCACUUAAUGGAAAAGCUGGAGAAAACGAUUAUGCCAGGGGAGCCCUUCAAUAUUAAGCCUCUAAUUCUUAAAGCCUGUGCGAAUAUGUUCAGUCAGUAUAUGUGUUCUUUGAGAUUCAACUACGAGGAUACUGAGUUUCAACAGAUUGUCCAGUUCUUCGAUGAAAUCUUUUGGGAGAUAAAUCAAGGAUAUCCACUAGAUUUUCUCCCAUGGCUUCUUCCAUUUUACAAAAAUCACACAAAGAAAAUUUGUGAUUGGUCCACAACGAUUAGAAAAUUUAUAUUGGACCGUGUUAUCAAUCAAAGAGAGUCAAAUAUUGAUAUAGAUGAGCCGGAUAAUGAUUUCACAGAUGUACUCUUAAAAAGCCUUAGGGAAGAUAAAAAUGUGUCUCGAAAUACUAUUAUAUUUAUGCUUGAAGAUUUUAUUGGAGGUCACUCAGCCGUAGGAAAUUUAGUUAUGUUGUGUUUGGCAUAUAUAGCUAAAGAUCCAGUAAUUGGUAAAAAUAUUCAGAAUGAAGUGGAUUUUGUCUCUAAUAAUGGACAACGAAGCAUUGAGUUACAUGAUAUGAAUGAAAUGCCAUAUACGAUGGCAACCAUAUUUGAAGUUUUGCGAUACUCAUCGUCUCCAAUUGUUCCUCAUGUAGCUACAGAGGAUACGCAGAUAUCAGGAUAUGGUGUUACUAGCGGUAGUAUUGUUUUUAUAAAUAAUUAUGAGCUUAACAUGAGCCACAAAUACUGGACGAACCCCAAUAAUUUCGAACCAGAACGAUUUUUUAGAAGAAAAGAUUAAAAGCAUUACGAUGUCAUCCAAACUUUAUGAUAUUAGAAGGUGCUCUGAAGCAUCGGAUUCGGGUAUUGAGAUUGAGAAAGAAACUGGAACGUAUCACGCAUCUUCCAAAAAUCAA